ACCGCCUCCUCCUCCUGUGUUAACUAACUAACCCAGUGGCAUGAUGGCUGUGGUUCACUGAGGUAAUGCACAGAGUUGCACACAAGUUGGUCAGACUUUUAUGGGAGAAAAAAACUUGUGGAAACUUAGACUGCAAAACUGGCAUUAAAAAGCCAAAAAGAAGAGCCCAAUAAUGGCUAGGUAGGAUAAGUGCUGGUUGUAUGAAAGAAACAGAGGUGGAAGAGAUAUUUUAAUGAAGACAGAGGUUUUAUUUUGCUAAAUAAAAUGAGGCCAAUAUAAGGCGGUAGAAUUAAUUCAAAGUAAAUCUCUGUACGUUUGUGUUGUGUUUUUCUGUCAUUUAUGGGAGUCAAACUACUAUAUUUCUAUUUCUUUUUACCAUUAGGUCAGUUUCUAACAGUGUUUGGUUACAGUAUCAAAUGUCUUUCAACUUGAUUGUCUGUGUUGACUUCAAAGCAAACAUCUUGUGUCAUUUUACAGUAGCUCCUCAUGUUUUCAUCUGAUUUAAUGACCUAUUUUAUUGAGGACAUACUGUAAGUCCAGCUUCAGGGGGAAAGGAUAGUGUCUACAGUCUAUUUUUCCAUACUGCAAAUGUUAUUUAUCAAAGUUUUGCUAAAUAUGAACAGCAAAAUGUGCUCUUUUUGCAGAUUAUUUGAUUAUAUUAUAUUUUAUAUUAUUGAAUUAUUAUUUUGAUGUUGUAACUAGUAAGGCUGCAACUAACGACUAUGUUCAUUGUUGAUUAUUUUCUUGAUUAAUCGAGUAGUUGUUUGGUCUACAAAAUGUCAGAAAAUGGUGAGUGUAUACCGCCUCCUCCUGUGUUAACUAACCUAGUGGCAUGAUGGCAGUGGUUCACUGAGGUCAUGCAACAGAGGAGACAGUUGGUCAGACUUUUAUAGGAAAAAAACUUGUGGAAACAGGGUCAGUGAGUUUGGAUAAAACAAGACAUUUGAGGACGUCAUCUUGGGCUCUGAUUGACAUUUUUCUCCAUUUUCUGACAUUUUAUUGACCAAACAACUUAUCGAUUAAUCGAGAAAAUAAUCAACAAUGAAAAUAAUCGUUAGUUGCAGCCUUACUAGUUACAACAUAAUGAUAAUAAUUCAAUAAUAUAAAAUAUAAUGAUAUAUAACCCAGACACAGAGCCUUUCUGCAAAUAAUCUGCAAAAAGAGCACUUAUACUUUUGAAACUUAAGAAGGCCUACAUUUUGCUGUUCAUAUUUAGCAAUGCUUUGAUAAAUAAUAUUUGCAGUAUUGCUUUUACUUCAUUAAAAUACUUUUCCCACCUCUGUUUAUAUCAUAAAACCAGCACCUAUCCUACCAAGCCAUUAUUGGGCUCUUCUUUUUGGCUUAUAUGCCAGUUUUGCAGUCUGUUUGGUCAGUGUAUCUUUUGGUCAUUCAAUUUUCCUUUCACAAACGGAUAUUAAAAAACAAAAAAAUGUGUAUUUAAACUUUAAAAAUAAAAAGUAAAAUUUUUGUAUUUUAAAACGAAAAUCAAAUAACCACUAUUUUUUUUGUUUUUAAUAUAUUGUUGGGUAGUUUAAUCUAUAACAAUGCAUCUUAUUCUAUAAACUGAUCACAGGUUUUAUUAUUUAAAAUCUAAAUCCCCCCAAAAAAUUACUAACUUACUUCAACUAAAGCUGUCAGAUAAAUGUAGUGGGGUAAAAAGUAGAAGAAUAAAAUAGCAUAAAAUGGAAAUACUCAAGUAAAGUACCACUACCUCAAAUUGUACUGAAGUACAGUAUAGUACUAGAGUAAACAUAUAGACUAGAUUGACUGAUAGUGGAUUUUUAAAGGCCGAUAUAAUAACGAUAGUUUGGAGAAGGAAAAAGCCGAUAGCUGAUUAAUUUACCGAUAUCUCCUUUACUUCUGCAUUAGCCUAGUCGGCUACUUUUGCAUACACUUCCUGAAGUGUGAUUUGGUGGAUUACAUCUUUGGAAAAUGUUCUAUUUAUUUGUAAUGGCAGUGGCUUACAGUAUGACUGUAAGAGAAUAUCCGGAAGUGUCAUUUGGUAGAUUGCAUCAUUGGAAAAUGUUCUAUUUAUUUGUAAUAGGCGAUGCGCCCUUCUGUGGUUUACAGUAUGACUGACCAGAAUAACUUAAGUUGCUCGUCUUGUACAUUGUUAAAUGCCACUCUUGAAUCAAUGUUCUUGCAUAUUCCCGGGGUAAGGAGAAUCCUUAAGUGUGUGAUUAUAUUUCAUGAAUGGAUGGUUACGUGGCUGGAUUAUUUGGAAAAGAGAACGCCAAAUUGGUACAGUAAGCAAGUUAAAGUAACAGUGAAGGAUUUCUUUCAGCGUUUUGUUGUGUCAAAUAAUAAAAACAUACAUACAUACACACCAGUAUGUUGACAUAAUUGGUAAAUAUGGAAAAUAUCGAGACAACCAAAAAGUCACAGGCCUAUCUUAAACACACAGCAUAACAAAAUUCAUGCACCUUUUUUGCCAAAGAAAGCCCAGCCUACAGUAAAGUUAACUAUUACGUUAGACUGCCUCAUCAUUGACAGAAGUGGUCGUUAUAUUCAUGCAGUUAGCUACACCUCCAGUGAAUCGUUCAGCACUUUUGUCUGUAAUACUGUCUCUUCUAGCUUCGCUAAACUGCACUCUGAUGAAUUUGAUCAGUCUCCUCGCUUGUGAGUUUAUUUAUUCACUGUUACUGUAAGCGUUCCCAGUGCCGUUUAAUUGUUUUAAACCACUUAAGCACCAUCAAUUUAAUUUAAAACUCACUGCCUCCUCCUCGGUGUCGUGCAUUCAUUUGGCUUAAAAGGAUUAGCGUGGCAUCCAUCUUCUAAUUACACAGUUUUCAGCCUUCAACUUGAAGAUUAAAUUAGGACAGAGCGGUCUCAAUGACAUGAGGAGUACAUCAGAAACACUGGAGGAUAUUGAAAAAAUCGAUGUUUGACAUAGAUGCAAAUGAAUGUGUUGAAUGGGAGAACUAAGUAGAUAUUAUGUUUGGUAAGUUCACUCUGUAUUCUGCUUUAAAUGUGAACUUUUUUGCAUGAAUUUAGAUAACGAAAAGCUAUAAAAGCAAAAAAAAAAAAAAAACAUCUUGUAAAGACUUUAGAUAAGUAUAUUGCUUGUGGGCAAUAAAAGUGGUGCUUUUGACACAUUGAAUGAUUGUGUUUACACUGAUAACACACUAUGGUAAUUGGAUUAUCACAGUAAGAGAGUUUGGCAAAAGUCUGCAUGUAGUUUCGAGGCUGUAGGACGGUAAAUAAAUAAACAACUAAUGGCUGAUGGUCCUCAGAGGACAGCAGGUUCCCAGGAUAUAACGCUGUGAAAAGUCCUCUGAAAGUGAGAAGGUGUUGGGGCGUGAUUUCACAGGCCUUUGCCAAUUGUCCACUCAGGGGGUUCGCCGCUCUAACUGCCGCUGCCUUUUGAGUAAUUGCAGUAGUUAGAAUGUGUCUGAUUUGAAGGCAGCGCCGGCAGCAGUUUGCCGUUAGCCGAGAUUUAUUGGUGAGAGGUCGAGAUGAACACCUGGUGCAGGAAGUUCACAGUCCUCCUCUGAAGCAACAGAUGGAGCAGAGGACGCAGGAAAGGAAGGAGGGACGGACAGAUGUGGCCACAAAACCACACAGAGGUGACGAGCUGCUGAAGACCAGUGAAAACAUCUUGGUUUUACUGGCAGUUUCCCAUGUUUAGUCUGCUGUAUGGCUUCUCUGUGGUUUCCCAAUAAGGCUGAUCUCUUUGAGGCACUUGAGGUGAAACUUGUAAUUGCAGAAAGGCUGGAGAAGGACCAUAUUAUUAUUUUUUAUGACAGCUAAUGAUGUGAUAUACACAAAAAAUAAACGGUUAGGCAGUUGCUGUAGAAACAUCUUGUUACAAAGUUUUCCACCCUGUCCUUAACAGUACGUGCGGUUUGUUCCAUGGGCGGACUAUUACGCUUCUGAAGAGCUCAACCAGAAAAAAGAUUUGUGUAUUCAGCUCAAUUUGACAGUUGUAAAAACCUGCCCAUUCCUGUUUGGUCAAAACGUGUUUCCACCCUGCACAGCAAAUUGGCUCAUUAACGUUACAGUUCUCUUAUAGCAUUGGGUUUAAAUCUGAAAUAUUGCCAAAUAGGUGCUUUUGCUCCCCCCCUUCCCCAGGUAAACACGUAUCUCUGUCCGCACUUUUGCCGUUGUUUGCACUGUUAGCUCUGUUAGCUGCGUGCUGCUGGAUCGCCGUCGCCAUGUUGAGAGGCAAUAGAAAUGCUCACAAUCCCGUAUUUAGCACCAUUGGAAGAAGAAAAUAAUAAUAACAUAUUCAUAAAGAUUAAAACAAUACAUGGCAUUAAACAUAAAACCAUGUGAAAUUGUGUUCUCAAUGCAGGUAACAGAGUUCAGGUGAUUACAUUAUAAACUCAUUCACAGUCAGCAUUACAAGCAGCCAGUAGUAGUCGGAGAGUUCAGGGGUCAAAACAAAAGAAACGCUGCACAGAGGUGAUCCGCUCUGUCCAAGUAGACUUUGAGCCACGAUAAUCAGCCUGCCUAUGUUGACCCACGAGUACUUGUAUGCAGCUAUGUAACCUCAUCCUCUUACAUAAGUCAAGAUAAAUAAGCAUAACUCCUGUUAGAUAUACCUGAUAACAGCCGUAACCCGAGUCCCUUAUUUCACAUAAUUUAAAACAGGUGAGGAUCAGAGAGCAUUAGUAUUUGACUUUUUCUUGCAAGAACAUACCAGCAUGUAUUUCUUUGAGAGGCUGGAUUUGCUCAUGAAAAAAUUACCCUCCCUUUCCUUUAAGUUUUGAGCAUUUUGGGGGAAUUUGGAACAAACAUUACCCACAGUAAUGUCCAGUUUAUUGCAUUCAAGGACAUAAUGCUGUAAAACUCUGGGUUGUAUCUUUAACGCACGCUAUGCUGUGUCAUGCCAGGGCCACUUGACUGUGACUGUUCUUUUCUACCUGUUACGCAACUCUUAACCUCUGUCCAAUAGUUCUCAUACUUAUUCUGGUGUUAUGGGUGUAUGUGUGUGUGUGUACACGUUACUUAAGUUGAACUGGGCGAGCUCUAUUCAGCUCUCAUUUACACACAGAGGAACAACAGCAACAGUCACGGCAAAACCUGAAGAAAGAGCAUAAUGACGCUCCUCCUGUGGCUCGGCCUGUCGCUGCUGGUCUCUGUCCAAUCCGGCGGCGUCAAGAACUGCCACCAUGGUUGCCACUGUGAGGUGGAAAGCUUUGGCCUGUUCGACAGCUUCAGCCUGACCAGGGUGGACUGCCGAGGGUUGGGACCCGGCACCAGCAUGCCCAUCCCCAUCCCACUGGACACGGCUCACCUGGACCUAUCCUCCAACGCCAUGGGCCCGCUCACCGACACCAUGUUAGCUGGUCCAGGCUACACCACCCUCGUUAGCUUGGACCUCAGCAGCAAUCUUAUAACAAAGGUAACACCCAAUGCUUUGUCCAAGCUGCGUUACCUGGAGACUCUGGAUCUGAGCCACAACAACCUGGAGAGCCUCUCCCCGAGCUGCUUCUCCGGCCUCCCUCUGGCUGAAGUUGACCUCAGCCACAACGGCUUCCAAGAGUUCGACAUGGACGUGUUCGCUACUAAAGUUAACGGCGAACCUGUCAGCGUGGAUCUGUCUCAUAACAAGCUCGUGUCAGUCUCCACGACUCUGCGAGGGAGGGUGUUACACAUUCAGAGCUUAAAUCUGUUAGCGAACCGGCUGUCGAGCGUACCGAGGCUGGCGGGACUCCCGCUGAGGUACCUCAAUCUGGAUGGUAACCCCAUCACACGGAUCAAGGAGGGAGCUUUUGCUCAGCUGAAAGAUCUGGUUUAUUUAUCCAUCAGUGGCCUCCACGAGCUUCAGGAGAUCGAGCCGCACAGCUUCAAGGGCCUCCAGAGCCUGCAAGUUCUUGAUCUCUCCAAAAACCCUGAGCUCAAGACUCUGAACCCUGUGGUCUUCAGCGGACUAGACUCCCUGCAAGAGCUUAAUUUAUCUGGCUCUGGUGUGGCGUCCUUGCCAAAUAACAUGCUGACCCACCUGCCCAGUAUUAAGAGUAUCACACUGGGACGAAGCGUCAACUGCUGGAGGACCCAGAAACAGGGACAGUUCCACCGGCAGCUGGGUCAGGUCCAGCACAACGAGGUGCUGACCUGUAAUGUGGAGGGCAUCGUGUUGUGAAACAGUGCCUGUGGAAAUGGACCACACCUUAAGGGGCCAUUAUACUGCCUCCACCCAAACCUUCGCAGCGUUGGAUAAACUAUAAACACUUUUGAUUUCCAACACGUUGUACAGCCACGUUCUGAGUACUCCCCGGCCUUUACAGUCCUGAUGCCAGAGCUGUGCCUUAUCUGAUUUGAUAUGCAAAACACUUUUUUGUGUGUUACUUUCACUCAAUUACCUCUGUUCCAAGGUGAGCCUUUGGAAUAUGUCUUAAAGGUUUAAAGUAGCCUUCAUCAACUCUUGACAGAAGUAUCAUAAAUGAUGUACCUUUCAGAAAAUUAAUGUACAGCAUUCUACAUCUUAACACGUAGCUUAAACUGGUAGAAAACCUUUCAUGAAUCCAAAACUUUAAGUAAUGUUCGUACAUUAUGUACUUCAUUUAAAGUGGGACCAUAUUAAGAGCUAUUUGCACUUAUUCCAGUUGCGACUUUUUUUUUUUUAAAUAAUGCACGUACACAUGGCCUAAGUGUCAUCCAGUGUAAUACAAAACCUUCUGUGCAUUUCUCAUAAUAUCCACACUGAAGAAUAUUUUUACGACUGUUGACCACUAAGAUUUUUUAUUUGACUUUGAAUGUGAUGCUUUAUUGAAAUGAUUAUAAGGGAUAGUUAGACAUUUUGGGAAAUGCGCUUAUUUGUUUUCUAGCUGCGAGUCAGAUGAGAAGAUUCUCAUAUUUGUUUGUUAGCUUAGCUUAGCACAAAGACUGGAAACAGGGGGAAACAGCUAGCCCGACUCUGUCCAAACACAAGUCAUAGUCCGUUUGGCAAGUCCGUAUCAGAGUGAAAUUUAUACUUUUGGUUCGUUUUCUAUUUAGUCUGGUUUGGUUUCACAAUGCACAGAUGAAAGCAGACCAAAUAAACAAACGCUGGCGCAGGCAGCCCGUAAUCCCCUGCGGUUUAGUUCACUUCCUGCAAUAUGGUCGGAUUAGGUUCUCACUGCAAUCGAACCGCAUUAGAGUUUGCUUGGAAACGGUUCGAGACCACCUCUCGCAAACGGUCUCGGACCGGUUGUUUUGGUCCGCGCCAAAGUACGAUUACUGCGUACGCAACUGCCCAAACGAACCACACCAGAGUAAGAUGAAAACAGACUAAAUGUUGGCUUGUGAAAGAGGGAAAGCUCACUAAUAACUUGUUGUAUCUGGUUUGUUAAAUCCGUACAAAAAACGAAAUGUAAAAACAACGGUUGUGGUUGUACGGGGGGGACUAUUUCUCAGCCUUGCAGUGACUUCCUGGAGUCUUAUCGUUGUCCCCAUAUAACCACAACCUGUUGUUUUCACACUUCAGUUUUUGUACAGAUAAAAUAAAUGAGAUAUAAGCUUUUUAUUAAGUGGAUGUUUUUACUUCCAGACAGAACCAGGUCAGCCAGUCUUAAUGCUAAAUUAAGCUACUGGCUGUAGCUUUACCAUACAGACAUUAGAAUAUCAAUCUUCUUAUCUAACUCUUGCCAAGAAAGCUAAUGUGCGUAUUAUAUAUUAUUGUAUUAUAUAUAUAUAUAUAUAUAUAUAUAUACUGUAUGUAUCCCAUAAAUGUCGAUCUGUACAAUCCAAGAACCAGAAUUAUUUAGCGCGGUCUGGGUGAGAAACUUACAGUAAAGUCUGUAAGAUCUUUUCUCGUUAAACCCACAAAACGACCAUUUCAUUACUUGAAUGUUUUUUCUAUGACCACCAGCCCAAACCUGACACCUUGUUCAUUAUGUUCGGAUAAGUUAUCUUCAUAAUGACACUAAGUUUGGUGUCCAGCCUUUUUCAAAUUAAGUCGAUGCAGACAGUCUUUGACAUGUUGUUCGCUGAUCUGUUUGUUUUUGACAUUUCACAACAGGAGUCAACGCGUCCUGAACACGUUGACCUGGAGUUUAUUUUGACCUGCUGUCAAAUCAAUCUCCAGUUGGAACAACUUUCAUAUAAUAGUUAAUGAAGUGAAGCCGGUAUCUGUUGAUGUUUAAACACGGAGCUGCACUGUGCUGUCAUGUGUAACUUCACCUUCCUGUGGUAUUUCUAAGAGGACGAUCAGCCUCAAGACUGCAUGUAUUAAGAGGAUUUUGAAUGUGAGCAAUCUGUGAAGGCUUGGGGCCUUUUUGGUUUAGAGAUUUUAAAGGAAAUCCACCUUUUUUUCAGUUGGUUAAUUGAAAGUCAGAUGAGCCCAGUCUUGAUGUAGAAGUUUAUAUUUGUAUGUAUGUAACUAUAUUGUAUAUAACUUUAUAUAUAUAUGAAUCAAAUGUGUAAUAAAUUGACUCUUCUGACA